AUGUCUCAACCACCUGCAAGGAAAUGGUACCAUUGGUACUCACCAACCGACACGCCUGAAGAAAAGAAGCUCAUCUUGAAGCUUGACCUUCUACUGGUCCCUUAUGCAUUUGUUCUCUAUUGGGUCAAAUAUGUCGACCAGACCAAUAUCAAUAAUGCCUAUGUCUCUGGCAUGGCAGAAGAUCUCGGUUUUCACGGCAAUGAGCUAGUCCAGUUCCAAACAAUAUUUGUCGUCGGAAACGUCGUCGGUCUUUUGCCGUUCAUUUACCUCUUCCCUCGUGUUCCGAUGCAUAUCCUAGUACCCAGUCUUGACCUCGGAUGGGGUAUCUUUACCCUCCUUCAGUAUCGAGCCACGAGCUAUGCAGAGAUAAUGGCCUAUCGUUUCAUGGUCUCCAUUUUCGAGGCAUCAUACUUUCCUGGCGUCCACUUUGUACUCGGCAGCUGGUACAGAUCAGAUGAGAUUGGGAGAAGAGGCGGUUUGUUCUAUAUCGGCCUGACUCUUGGAACCAUGACUGCUGGUCUUCUCCAAGGUGCUGCGACUCAGUAUCUCGACGGCCACAACGGUCUCGCUGGCUGGCGAUGGAACUUCAUCAUCAACGCAAUUAUCACACUUCCUCUAGCUUUUGUGGGCUAUUUCCUCUGGCCUGGGACACCGGCUAGGCCCAACCGAUUGGUCAUGAAGAAGUCUGAAAUCGCCCUCGCAAAAGAGCGCUUGGAACGUAACGGGGCUAAAGUUCGAAGUACACCCUUUUCGUGGACUUUGCUACGUCGCAUCUUCACCAGUUGGCAGUUCUACAUCCUUGUGUUUUGGGAUAUUCUGUUCUUCAACACCAGCGCCAACACAGCUGCUUUCCUGCUUUGGAUCAAGAGCUUGGAUCGGUACAACACGACCAAAGUGAACCAACUAGGAUCAAUCAGCCCUGCUUUGGGCAUUUUCUUCGUCCUGUUUAUUAACUUCAGCGCUGAUCUAUGGAUCGGAAGACCUGCGGCUAUCACAUUGGCUUCCGUAAUCAAUUUCACUGGCCUUGUCAUUUUAGCAGUCUGGAAUGUCCCCGAAGCAGCAAAGUGGUACGCUUACAGUGUUGGGUACUCCGCCGUUGCGGUUUCAUCGGUGCUUUACGGCUGGGCAAAUACCAUUCUUCGACAUAACAAUGAGGAACGAGCGUUGACUCUUAUUCUGAUGACGGCUAUAGCCACGUCGACUCAAGCCUGGAUACCGCUUCUUGUGUAUCCUACUGUCGAAGCACCUCGCUUCCCGAAAGGCUACGUCUACUCAGCCACCAUGGUUGUGCUUCUCGUCGCCAUGACUCAGGUCAUUCGUAUUGUUUAUGGUAGUCACGGGGAAAAGGUACGCGCCCGAAGGGGUAGUCUCAGUGACGAGAGUGAGGAUGGUGAGAUUCAGGCUCCUUAUGGACUAGGCAUUGACAAAGAUGCGGGCAAGCAUAUACAACCUUCCACGGUGGCUAUUUAA